AUGCACAGGGGGCUUCCUGCCUACCACCCAUACGUGAUUGCGCAGCACUAUGACCCUGUUGAUGUUGACAAGGAACUUCGGAAUGACACCGCCGCACUUGUCAAGGCCGGCUUCAAUGUUUACGUUUUGUUCCAAGGCCCGGACCAGCCAAUCACAAGAAUCGCCGACCGGAUGAACGGCACCCACUGGGGUGUGACUGGCGUGGGAUUCGGCCAAAGGGGCGCGACUAUUGUGGACGUUGUCACUCGUUUUGAAGAUAAUCUUCAUCAGUUUCGCGAGAAUGCGCCCUUGACCCCGACGGUAUUCAACUGGGGUCCUACCACGCUGGCCGCCUCUGUGAUCCGACAUGUGCCCUUGAAGGAAGACUGUUCCAAUAAGCCCGGAAAAUUGAUUGUAAGCAUUGUCUGA